AUGCCCAGCUGCGUCUCCACUUUCCCUUUCGCCUUCCACCAUCUAACCACUAAAAAUUAUCGCCAACGCAACCCUGACACGGUUUCAAAGCCCACAGUUCGCUUUCCUUCCGCUGCGAUCACCAACACGAUGCACCGCAGAGGUUCAAGCUUCACUAUAAGCCAUACACAAGGGGAGACACAUGCUGGUUCAAGCUCGUUCUUUCUCGCCCCCAACAAAAAUGGCAUCGGGAAGACCGCCGCUCGCAGACAAGGCCUUCCCACCUCUCCCCUUCCAACCAACAACGACACCACAUUUGUGGGUGCUACAUUGACGAGCUCACAUACUCAGAUGGCUUCAGGUGCCGAUGACAAACGCCCUAAGCUUGCGAUUCGAACCACUAUGCCGCUGACUGAACACAACGACUCGUCCACUAUUCGGCAGACGACGCCCAAGCCCAGAUUCGAUCCAGUCAAAGCUUUCAGAAAUAGUUUCCGGAGUAGGUUAUUAGAAAACGAUGAUCCCGGAAAUACCAGUGAAAAUAAGAGAUGGAAAGGCAAAGAAAGAGCGGAUUUCGAACCGGUGGAUGAGUUGAGAGAGAGUAAGGUCGCAGCCAAGGCGCGGGAAAUCAGAGAGUGGAUGAAAGGAAAGUCGGGAUCGGAAAUACACCGUUCCGUGGGGUACUACUCGAGUCAUCGCAGCAAACAGGGAAAUGGCGAGGCAAGCCGUAACAUAUCCGCCAAUACUCGUCAAACCAUGGGAGGGGGAGUACGAGAUUUAUUCAAGAACAAGGGCCGACUAGCUCGAGAACCUCGCGAUCGCGGUCCCAAGGCAGGCCAGACGUACGAGAUUGUCAAUAGACGCAUCAUCGAGAAUAACCCCGACAGAACAGUCGAGAUAUCAACGUGGCGUCGGGAACCUGAUACCCCCAAGGUGCCCAAACCGAAAGAUGAAGAUGAUAAGAUGAGCAUUUAUUACAUCAGUGCUGAUGAAUAUCCGGUGGAGGGUGAAUUUGCCAGUGAAGCUAGCCCGCAAGUGGAAUGGAGAGCGGAAGACGUUCAGGAGAUUUCAAUGACUCCGUCGAAUCGAAGAAAUGGAACCACCAAGAUUCGAAAACAAGAAGAGGGGAAAUCACAUUCCCGACGUUACCGUUCCGAGGUCACGUCCCCUUUGUCGGUGUCGAGAGAAGGCACGAUUUCUCCUAGCGCAAGUGAAAAGGACCUAAAGACAUCGCAACAGCCUGCGAGAGGUAUACAACAAAAUGGAAGAGCUUUCGCUGACCGCGGCAUGCCAGGAUCAUCAACACCAAAAGCGAAUGGGAAUAUGACGAUGAACCAAAGCACCCGCUCCAACACGCGGCCGCAUCGAGACCGCUACAAAGAGAAGGAGCUCCCUCAGUGCCCGUUCCACCCUACCGAGUCGGGAUCCACAAUCAGUAGCAUCAAGUCGGAGGGCACAGUCGAGUUUGAAUCCAUUCUCGAAAGCUGCGAACCGUCUUUGCUGCAUACUGCUCCUAUUUUGAGGAGCCUGGGGAUCCGCCGGGUCGAGCACAUGCGGGCAGUGGCGCGCUUGACGCCGAGCACGCGCGAUAGAGAGGUCAAAGAGGACGCACUGAGAUUGGGCAUCACGGUGAUGGAGUGGGCGAUUUUUGUCGAUAGGAUACUUUCUGUAUGA